CUCCUCCUGCAGACUUUUCCUUUUCCUCCUCCUUUCUUUUUCCCCCUUCCCUUUUCCUUUUCCUUUUCUUUUUCUCCCUUCCUCUCCUUGCUUUUCCCUCCCUCUCCUGCGGGAGCUAGCCCUUGUGUCCCACACGCCCUCUCUCUCCUCUCCCUCUUGCCCUUUUACCUAUAAGCCUCUCUGCACCCUCCCUUCUGUUUGCCCUUUCCUACAUUUCUCCCUGCUGCUGCAUACUUAACACAAACAAUUCGUCCGACACCUCCCACCUACCUACCCCCUCCCACCUUCCCUUCCUCCAUCCCGUCGCCUGCUCAACUCUGGGGGCUCGUUGAUCAACCCAUCCCAACCAUUGCUCCAGUGCAACCUUCAGCCAUCGAGUGAGCAGUAGCAAUGGAUGCCAUCUACCCCGUGAUGGCCUCGGUCGUGAGGAGGGAUGCGGCUGAGGAUAGUCCCAGUGCUCAGAGGAAGCAGUCGGAGGGUUCCUUUGUGUCCAGUAUAUCUCUUGCCAUGAUUGCUAUUACCGUCGUCAGCUUCUGUUUGGCACGGCGACUUGUAGGAGUCCGUGACUUGACAUCGUUGCCACUGGCGCGCUGGUGUAAGUUCGCCGUUUUUGCUGGUGUUUCUUUUUGUUACCCUUUUUAUUAGUCGCUAAAUGCGGACUUGUCGCUCUUCUAGUGAUUCUCGCCGUUUUUCUCGACAGUUGGAUGUUUGUGCUUUCGAGUACAAUUUUGCAGGCGAGUUUCGGCCUCAACAGCAGUCUUAGGGCGUGUGACGCGGGAAUAUUGCUCUGCCUGGUUUGCUAUCUGAGCUCCAAGGUUUUGAUGUACUUUUUUCUUGUCGAGAAGGUAUGAUACAGUAGUCCUCGUUUUGCCCUGCAUUGAACAUGUGACAAUUACUGAUGGGUGGCCUUCUAGGUUUUCAUUGUACGUGGUAACCGCUCUUCGCGGUUCAAGGACAAGCUCUUCCUGUUUAAUACUUUCGGCAUGCUUUUGCCGUACGCCGUAGUCAUCACCUUAACUUUCGUUUAGUGCGUUUCUCUCUCCACCCUUCCCCCCGAUGCGCCCUCUAACACUUUUUCCCUGUAGUCGCAACGCCCAGUUGGUGAACGGGGAGUGCAAGAUCGGAUUGAAGCUCCCCGCCAACAUUCCGCUGCUGGUUUUUGAUUUCACAAUUAAUGUAUGCGGCCAUCGCCUGAAGUAUCGCAUACCUUCCCGCUAACGGGGUCAAAUUCAGGUCUACUUAACCUUCUUGUUCCUGAAGCCUCUUUCUGGUGAGCCGAGCGCCCUGCGGAGUCCGGUACUGGUUUGCUAAUGGUUUGGAUUAGGUCUCUGGACCUUUCGCAAUGGGGCCAAGGCCAAGAAAAGCCGUCUCCAUCGCGUCGCCCUCCGCACUUUUAUUGGAAGUUGUGCAACCUUGGUCUCUACUCUUGGGUAUGUUAAUUCUGGAAGAUGGCGUGGGUUCAUGUCCCCCCCUCCCGGGAGAGUGCUGAUUGGUGGUGAAGCAACUUGAUUUCUCUCAUUAUUCUGAGCGGAAAAGAGGCUGGGUGGAUCUGUUUUGCGGUCUGCAAUUCCGACAGUAUGUUAUAAUUUCAUUCCGGUUUGAUUUUGGUAUCUUGGCGUGUCCGACACGACUAAACACUGGGUCGCAGUUUUGUUUUCUGUUCUUGUCCUGCACUGGGUUACCCACCAGGAUGACGAUAUCUCCACCGAUGGGAGGACUCGCUGCGGAGAGUGCGACCGCACAAUUGGAUGCAGAGGUGACCCGUAUUCCAUUAGUCGUGGGUCUAAUUUCGGCGGCCUCAGCAAAGACCACAAAAGCCGGGUUGCUGGGGGGGGCGGUGGCGAAGUCAUUACAAGCAUACAUGCGGUGCCAAAGGGAGCGUGCCGUCACGAUAAAUCAAUUCCUCUUGAUGGAAUCCUGACGCACACCGAAGUGCGCAGGGAUAUUGAGAGCCUGGGAGGAACCUCCGAGACGGAAGAAGAGGACCCUCGUGUCAACUCUACCGACAAUAUCCGCCAAUCAACCUGCAGUCGUUCAUAAAUGGAUUUCGUUGCCCAAAAAUACACCACGUUUCCUCAGCAUAUGCAUUGUAAUCUGGUUUUGAAUUUUCGAAUUCUUUGUAUAUAUUACCUGUUUUCCUUCCUCUUUGCUACGUAUGGGUGCUGGGGUAUGCAUUCCGUGGUAGGGCAAUUGUAUAUUUUUUCUUUUCCUUUUGCUCCCCGUGGCUGGUCUCUUUGUUUGGGGGGUUAUGAAAAUAGGUAAAUUGGGGGGGGGUUGUGGUAGCGGUUCAUUUGCGUAUGCAUGUUUGGGCUUUUGUUCUCUUUGGUUACCCAUCUGCAUUUGAGUAUGGCAGGUCUAGCAAUGCCCUUGACUGGAGCUUGGAUAUAUUUUAACCUCUAGAUUAUGGUGCUGGGUGCAGCUACAAGCUCGCAGAGGUGUGUGGAUACGGGAGCCGGGGUGUUAUUCGAGGCUCAUAAUUAACUUAUUACCUUGUAUCAUU